AUGGCGCCCUUAAAACGAGGCGCAGAUAGCGAAAGCUCCGAGGCCAAGAAGCUAAAGCACUCGUCCGAUAAUCGAGCUUCAAAGCGACAACGUAAAGUCGAAUCUACCGCCGACGAAAGCAAAGCGAAGCCCUCGUCGGACGUACGAAACCUGCCGAAGACCACAAUCUUGAAAAGCGAGGAGACAUCCUUCCCCCGAGGUGGCGCUAGUGUUCUUACUCCCUUGGAGCACAAGCAGAUUCAGAUCGAGGCUACCCAGGACGUACUCUUUGAGCAGUCUGGAAAGAAAAGGACCACAAAAGGCCAGGACGGCGACGACGAAGAUGAUGGGGAGCCAAAAACGGAGGUGCGGAAGGGAAAGAAACACAAGAAAUCGAAGGCGGAUAAGAAGGCGAACGCUCAGUUGCCGGAAGAGCCUCAGUUGAAAAUUGAGGGUCUGAGCUACAAAAAACUCGUUAUCGGAUCUAUGGUCCUUGGACAGGUCACACAGAUCACUUCUCGAGAUGUUGUUCUCGCGCUCCCGAAUAAUCUCUCUGGCUUCAUUCCCCUCACCGCUAUAUCCGACAAGUUUACUAGCAGAAUAGAGCAGCUCCUGGAAAAUGACGAAGAGGACGAGGAUGUCGCUGGCACUGAUAAAGAAGACGGCAUUGAUCUGCAGGCGCUGUUUCACGUUGGACAAUACUUGCGAGCAUACGUCACGGCAACUGAGAGGGAGCAAAACAAGAGGGGGAUUGCCAGAAGCAAGAAACGAAUAGAGCUUUCCACCAAUCCCACGCUAGUCAACCGAGGCAUCUCGAAGUCCGACAUCGUUAAAAACAGCAUGAUACAGGCGUCCGUGCUUAGCAAUGAAGAGCAUGGACUGGUCAUGGAUAUGGGGUUCGAAGACCAGACCGUCAAAGGAUUCAUGUCGUCAAAAGAGCUGGGUUCAAAAAUAGACCAUUCUCUAGUACAGGAGGGUGCUGUCUUUCUGUGCUUGGUUACUGGCCUCACUUCCGACAGCAGAAUCAUCAAAUUGUCUGCAGAUCACGAAAAAGCCGCUAACCCUAAAAAAUUUGCCUUCCUAGGACAGGCCCCUAGUAUCGAUCUAUUCCUACCCGGAACAGCCGUCGAAAUGCUCAUUACCGACACAUCGUCUGGAGGAGUUACCGGAAAAUUGAUUGGCCUUUUAGAUGCCACUGCGGACCUGUUCCAAUCUGGCGCAGCUGUGAGCAAGGAUAAUAUCUCUGACAAGUACAAGAUUGGGUCUAAAUAUCGGGCCAGAGUCAUAUGCACAUUUCCGGAUAGCGAGCCCAGGAAAGUUGGUGUGUCCUUGCUAGAUCAUGUCAUCGCAUUGGCCUCUCGCACGGAGUUGAAAGAUCUCAAGGACCCGUUGGAUGCUCUUCAGAUAUCUUCUAUUGUUGAAGAGGCCAGAGUGACCAAAGUCGAGCCUACUACCGGCCUGUUCCUAGACCUUGGCGUUAAGGGUCUUCGGGGCUUUGCUCACAUAUCAAGGAUCAGUAACGAAAAAAUCGAGUCUUUGGCCGAGUCUUCGGGUCCUUAUAAACUUGAGUCGAAACAUCGUGCUCGCGUCAUUGGUUAUAACCCUAUGGAUGGGCUUUAUGUGGUCUCUCUAGAAAAGAGCGUCCUGGAUCAGCCAUUCUUUCGCCACGAAGAUGUGCAGGUCGGCCAAGUCGUCAAGGGCAAAGUCGAGAAAUUAAUUGCCACCGGAGCAGGACGAUCGGCUGUUAUUGUUAACCUUGCGGAAGGGAUAACAGGGGUCGUACCGGAAAUGCACCUUGCUGACGUUCACUUGCAACACCCCGAUCGGAAGUUCAGGGAGGGUGUAUCAGUUACAGCAAGAGUUCUUGCCGUCGACCUCAGCAGACGAAAAAUUCGGCUCACUCUGAAGAAAUCACUGGUCAACUCCGAAACACGGCCAUGGACGGACUACGACAAAAUUACGGUUGGCAUGAAAUCUCCUGGUACACUGACACGAGUCAUAAGUUCUGGAGCUGUUGUCCAAUUCUACGGCCAAAUAAAAGCCUGGUUGCCCAUAUCAGAAAUGAGCGAAGCCUACAUCGACGACCCUACCAUCCACUUCAGGGUUGGACAGGUCGUGGACGUUCGAGUUCUCUUGAAUGAUCUGAACGGCGAAGACCAUAAGCUAGUAGUUUCUUGCAAAGAUCCGGAAACCGCCGGUCUUGAGCGGCAGACUGCUAUGAAUAAUUUCUCGCCUGGAGAUCUUGUUACUGGGAAUGUCAAGGAAAAGUCAGCGGAUUCGGUCACUGUUGACCUUGGAGACGGAAUCAGGGGCAUCAUCAGGCUCGCGCAGCUUUCAGACGGCUCUGAGAAGAGAAACAAAUCGACACUAGAGCGUGUAGAGGUCGGCCGUCCUUUGCGAGACUUGGUGGUUCUGAUGAAAAACGACAAGAAGCCAAUUGUCGGCCUCACAAAUAAGCCUAGCCUUGUCAAGGACGCGAAAGCCAAAAAGCUAAUCACCCGGUUUGAAGACGUCAUAAAAGGUCAAAAGGCUCAUGGUUUUGUACGGUCGAUCGAAGCAGGAAGAAUCUUCGUCGAAUUCGCUGGUGGGAUUGUUGGCUUGUUGCUCAAGUCUCAACUGACCAGCGAGAUGGCACAGCUACCGGAAUUCGGUCUUCGUCAAUACCAGUCCAUCACAGCCCGAAUACUUGACAUCGACGAGAGCAACAGACGAUUUCUGCUCACCAUGAAGAGUAAGGACGAUUUAGCCGAGGCUGUUCCCCCGAAGCCUGUCAAGGAAGAGCUGAAAAUUGUGGAGGCUGUAGACUCCUCCAUCAAGGCGGUUACAGAUUUGCAGUUUGGAAAGACCAUUUCAGUUCGCGUCAAAUCAGUGAAGAGCACGCAAGUGAACGUUCAAGUCUCUGAGAAUAUUCAUGGUAGGAUAUAUUGCACCGAGGCGUUCGAUACUUGGGACGAAAUACAAAAUAAACAGCACCCACUUCGCCAGUUCCAUGCCAACGAGAUCCUUCAGGUGAGGAUAAUUGGAUUCCACGACGCGAAAAACCACAGGUUCUUGCCAAUUAGUCAUCGGCAAGGGAGAAAUCCAGUCUACGAGCUCAGCGCGAAGAAGAUUCCAAAAUUGGCCUCGGUAGACGAGAUCCCUACAUUGAAAGAUGUAACCGUCGGAUCUACGUGGACAGCAUUCGUCAACCACAUCGGAGAAAGCUACCUGUGGGUCAACUUGGCACCCGUCGUGCGAGGCAGAAUCGAUUUCCUAGAUCUCUCUGAUGAUGUUUCGUUGCUUGCAGAUGUCGAAAAGAACUUCCCGAUUGGCACAGCUCUCCAGGUCUCUGUCAAAGCUGUCGAUGUUGCAGCCAACCGACUAGAUCUGACCGCCGGCUCAUCCCAAAACAAACUUACGUACAAAGACCUCAAGAAGGGAAUGGUGGUCGGAGGACUUGUCCUAAAAGUGACAGAGUCUUCUGUUAUCGUUCAAAUCAACGACCACAUUGCGGGCCGUAUCUUCCUUACCGAGCUCGUCGACGACUAUUCUCAGGCAAAUCCAACCGUUCAUACGAGGGGAGACAUCAUUCGAGUCUGCAUUGUCAACGUAGAUGUACCGAACAAGAAGGUCGUGCUCUCCACAAGGCCUUCAAACGUCCUCAGUUCUUCCUUGCCUGUCAAAGAUCCACAAAUCACAGAAUUCUCUCAGCUUGAAGUCAACCAAGUUAUACGAGGGUUUGUGAAGAGUGUCGCCGACAGUGGACUAUUUGUCUUCUUAGGUCUCAACAUCAUCGGGUAUGCCACUGUCUCUGAUCUUUCCGAUGCCUAUAUCAAGGAUUGGAAGAGCUCAUUCGAGGUGGAUCAGCUAGUCACUGGCAGAAUCACCUCUAUUGACACCAAGAAAAAGCAAAUCUCAUUGAGUUUGAAAGCCUCUGUCUUGGUGGACGACUACGUCCCUCCUGUCGAGUUCAACGAUCUGAAGAAGGGAGACAUCGUCACAGGUAAAGUUCGGAAAGUUCAGGACUUCGGUGUCUUCAUUGUUGUCGAUAAUUCGAACAACGUCAGUGGUCUGUGUCAUCGCAGCGAAAUUGCGGACGAGAAAGUUGAGGAUCUCAAAGCUUUGUAUAAAGAGGGGGAUGUGGUCAAGGCCAAGAUCUUGAAGGUUGACCCAAAAUUGCGAAGAAUCAAUUUCGGCCUGAAGUACUCUUACUUCAAGAGCAGCUCAGAGGACGCUGAGGAGAGCGACUCGGACGGAGACGUCGGUGGCGUGGAGCUCAUGGAGGGAGUUUCAGACGCCGACUCAGAAGGCCAAGCCUUAGAAGAUGAUGCCGACGUGAGAGACGUCCACGACGUGUCAGACGAGGAGGCCAACGCCGCUGAUGAAAUGGACAUCGACGAAAAACUGUCCGAAAAGGCCGUCUCUGGCCUGAGCACCUCCGGCUUCGACUGGAACGGUACCGACCUCGGCUUUGACAACGGCGCCGCUGGAUCAGACUCCGACUCCGACAAUGGUGCCGCGAAGAAGAAGAAAAGGCACCGCAAACCAGAGAUCAAAGUCGACCGAACAGGAGACCUUGACAAGAACGGCCCUCAAUCGGUCGCUGACUUCGAACGCCUGCUACUGGGCCAGCCAAACUCAGCCGAGCUCUGGGUCCGCUACAUGGUCUUCCAGCGCGAACUCAACGAAGUCGAGAAAGCCCGCCAAAUCGCUCGCCGAGCUCUCUCCUCCAUCUUCCCCCGCGAAGAGACCGCGAAGCUAGACGUCUGGACCGCGCUGCUCCAUCUCGAGAACGACUUCAGCAGCGACGACGCCAUCGACGAGGUGUUCAAGGAAGCGUGCCAGUACAACAACGCGCGGGAGAUGCACGAUCGCCUCAUCAAGAUCUAUAUAUUGUCUGGCAAGCUCGAUAAAGCAGACUCCCUCUACCAAACCAUGCUCAAAAACAAAACGUUCACCCGUGACCCUGCCCUCUGGCUCUCCUACGCCACCUUCCUCAUGACCACCCUCGUCCCGUCCUCGCCCACGCGCGCCCGCGCCCUCCUCCAGCGCGCCACGCAGUCCGUCCCCGCUAACCUCCACCGCCAUCUCACGACUAAAUUCGCGGCGCUAGAGUAUAAAUCGCCGAACGGGGACGCGGAGCGCGGCCGCACGAUUUUUGAGGGGUUGGUGGCGGCGCAGCCGCGCAAGUGGGACACGUGGGAUGUGUAUGUGGAGUUGGAGCGGGCGCAUGGGGAGAAGGAGAAUGUGAGGGGGCUGUUUGAACGGAUGGUGAAGGGGAGGGUGAAGAAGCGGAGGGCGGCGGUGGUGUUCAGAAGGUGGGUGGAAUUUGAGGAGCUGGAGGGGAGUGCAAAGGGGGUGGAGAGGGUGAGGGCGGUGGAGAGGGAGUGGAUGGAGAAGAGGGAGGAGGAGGGGGUGGAGUAG